CGGAAGUCAGGUGUUUCUCUGCUACUCGUGAAGAACCAACACGAGAAACACUGUAGCAGUGGAAACCAGGUUUCCAAGGUUUCCGUCACCGUGGUAACCAGGUUUUCAAGGUUUCCGUCACCUUGGAAACCAGGAUCGGGAUCUUGGUGUUCGGUUAGCCGAAUGCUAACAUCCAUUUACAGUCACUCCUCGUAUCUCUGCUAAAUCUCAGACGGAAAACAUCCAAGGGGAUCCAAACGACUUCUUACUGAAACUAUUGACCCAUCCUGGCUCGUUGCUGGAAAUGGAGGACUCUCCGACGUCAUGUUGCUGGUGUCUGGUGUGGUGAUGAUCGGUGUUGGAUUCUCGUCAAUUGAAGGAAACGUACCUGUUGCCCAGUUGUAUGCCCAGUUAUCGAUUAGCGACGGUUUAUUGGCUCUGCAGGUGUUCGGUCCGAUCACGGUGGUUCUGUCUGUUCUGGGCAUCAGUGCUGCGGUUUCAAACUACAAACCUUUGCUGCUGCUGUUUUCUGCUCUGAUUUUUGUGGAGUUCGUGGCUCUGAUGAUCGUCGCUUCUCCGUUGGUUCACGUUGAAGCCGAGGUGAACAUCGCUGUGGAGGACGUUUUCCUGAACGUCACUCCUCUUCACACAGCUGAGCACUUCAUCCAGACGGAGCUGAAGAAACUCCAGAACUCAGAUUCCUGCUGCGGUUUAAGAAGUUUUGAGGAUUGGGGGCAUCACCUUCCUGACUCCUGCUCAUGCACGCCCCCUGCCGGCCUGAGCUCUCAGACCAGUAACUCCAGCUCACUGGGAUCCUGUGUGAUGACUGGAGACAGUCGUCAUCCUUCAGAUAAACUCUGGGUUCACGCUGAGCCCUGUGGUCCCAUCCUGAAGAGCUACCUGGGAUUCCCCAUCAAACUCCGGAUCGGAAUAAUCUCCGCCUUCGCCACCAUCGCGAUUACCGCCAUCGUUCUGUGCCUGGUUCUGGGUCUGGAGGAUCGCUUAAAGAAGCCUCCGGUUGAGAUGACGGUCGACGACUUCAACAGAGUCAAAUACCAACCCAAACCUUCCCUCUCCUGACCUCUGACCCCUCAGCCACACAGAACGGACACUGAUGCUAACAUGUAGCCUUUAAGUGGAGCUAGCGAGAACAACACAGGAAGUGCUGUGAGGUUAUGAACCAGAAACGGGUAUCAUUCUUUUGGACUUUUAGUUUCCACCAUCAUGGCUUUUCAUUUUAGUUUUUCACAGAUUUAUUUGUUUAAACACACAACCGAGAGCACAGGUUUGAAUUCCCAGCGUAUUUCCUCUGUAAUGUAGAUUCACUCUCCCACUAAGGUAAAGUCUCUCUGAUAGUCCGGUGGAUUCGGUUCGAUUUGGGACCAAAGUUGCAUCAUUUGUUACGUUUUCAGCUGCUGUGUUUCACUUUUAUAAACUUUUGAAAAACUUGUUCCCCUCCUGGCCUGUGGGGGCGCUGCACCAAGAACCACUGGAGGAAACUACAUGUAAUCCUCUGAGUGCAACUUCCUCCUUCACAAAAUGAAAAGAAAAUGGAAUAGUGUCAGAUUUUAGCAGUUGUAGGAUUUUUCUUUAGUCUUUUACAAAAGACUACGAGACAUUUCUCCCGCUAGCGCUAGGCUAGCAUGUCUGUUUUGGUGUAUUUACCCAGAAUUCCCUGUGCUGUAGUCCUCUUCCUGCUUCUGGAGCGGUCUCUGGUCCGCUUGAUGUUCACAUUUGCACCAGAGUUCACUUUUUUGUUCGAUUUCACAUUCACUUCUCUCCAAACAAACCAAACUUUGCGGGAUUUUUUGAUUUCUCUUCUUCUUGGAAGAACUGGAAGAGUUCAUUCAAAUAAUUUGGUUUCCAGAAAUUUGGCUACCAAAUUCAUAAAAGUAUUAACAUUUAAGAGUAGUUCAUGCACUUCUGAUAACUGCACUGCAAAACCACCAAACAUUACCAAGUUUUUGUCUAUUUUUGUGCCCAAAUUAAAAUUAAAAACCAAAAUUGAUAACUGCAUUUAUGAAAACAUGAAGUUUUAAUCAGAACAAUUUGCAAAUAAGAUUCAUUUUCUUUAAUGAUCAAAUUUCUGCUGUUUUUUUUGUUGUUUUCUUGGGAAAUCUUGUCCUACAGAGACUGAAGAGACUCUAGUGCUGGAUCAGGAUUCCUGCUUUUUAUUUUAUAAAUGGAAUCCAGUGUUAAAAAACUGCUUAACCUUAAAAUGUUUCUAUGUUUGCAGAAUAUGUUUUAAAAUUUAAUAUAUAGAAAAAUGCUGUCUUCCUGUCUGAAGUGUGCUUUGUAAAUAAAAUGAGUUUAAUUUAAAGUUAAA